AAAUUAUUGAACACCGAACCAACGCCACCUUAAAGGCCUCUCUCUCUUUUAUCUGUAAUUCAAUCAAGCUCGAUUCUUGCAAAAUUUCUCGGCCUUUUUAGUUAAUCGCACAAUUGGGUCCGUUUUUUACUCUCAGCUGGAUUCCCACCUCGAUUAAUUUUACUGAACUCUCUUCUAGGAGUUUGACGUUCGUGGAUUGUAGUUUCAAGACUGAUGGCUAAGAGCUACUUCAAGCAAGAGCAUGAUCUUGAGAAAAGAAAAGCAGAGGCUGCGAGGAUUAGGGAGAAAUAUCCUGAUAGGAUUCCGGUUAUUGUGGAGAAGGCAGAGAGAAGUGACAUCCCUAGCAUUGAUAAGAAAAAAUACCUAGUUCCAGCAGACCUUACUGUGGGACAGUUUGUUUAUGUCAUCCGUAAAAGGAUUAAAUUGAGCCCAGAGAAAGCGAUCUUUAUCUUUGUGGACAAUGUCCUCCCUCCUACAGGAGCAAUCAUGUCUGCAAUAUAUGAAGAGAAGAAGGAUGAAGAUGGAUUUCUGUAUGUUACUUACAGUGGAGAGAACACAUUUGGGUGGUAGCUGGUUUGUGUGAGAGACCUGAUUGUUCUUCAUCUGUUACACUUAACUCUUAGAUUUUCACUUCAUUGCUACUGCCGCCGCCAUCAUCGUCCUCCUCCUCUGUUCUCUCUGCCUCUUCCUUUUGCUGCUUGUUGUUCUUCCAGUUCAAGGAUUCUGGCAAGUGAUAUCCUGUACAGCUCUACAUAAUGAAUAAAAAUUGUGAAAACAUUUCCACACCCAAAAUUUCUUGCUUCAAAUAUUGCCUUUUUAGUUCCUUUUGCCCCCAAUUUUUUGUGGGGUUUUUCUUCUGUUUUUAUGCCUGUAAAGAUAAGAUCUCAUAACAAAAUCUAUUUUUCUCAUCAAAAAGAUAUUCCAUCUACUCUUAUAAAUAGCCUCCCUAAUAUUAUCCUCA